AUGGUUGGAAUUGAUGCCCAAAAUAAGAAUAUUCUUGAUAGGAAGUUUAUUUGUUCAGACUGCUCAUUAAUUUUACGUGAUCCUGUUCAACUCACCGCAUGUGGACAUCGAUUAUGUCAUUCUUGUUCUCUCAAUCAAAAUCAAACUCUUAUGGCUUGUUCUCAAUGUCAUAUGCAAACACCAUCAGAUCAAAUUCUAGUCGAUCGUGGUUUCAAAAAUGAUAUGCGUACUUUACCUAUUAUAUGCUCAUAUUGUGAUUGGGCUGGUACUCUACAAAACUAUGAAAAACAUCUUGAGCAACUUCAUCAACAUUCAAUAGCUAAUGAGGCGCAGCAAACGAAACUAUCAACUGAGGAAAAAAUAGCCUCUGUAGUUGUAGAAGGAGUGAACAAAAAUCUGGAUAUUUUAAUCCAAAAUUUACCAUUACCAGAGGAAAAUAUUAAUAAUACACAAUGUGUAUCUUAUGAUGGAACAUUAAUAUGGAAAAUAACAAGUUUUAAUGAAAAAAUGAUGGAUGCUAAAUCUAAAAGACAACCAUCGAUCUAUUCACCACCAUUUUAUUCCUCGCCUACUGGCUAUAAAAUGCGAGCUGAAUUAUAUCUUCAUGAGGAUGGUAAUGCUGGAAGAACGUAUAUGUCACUCUGUUUUGUUCUUAUGCGUGGUUCAUAUGAUGCAAUAUUAAAGUUUCCUUUUAACUAUAAAGUUACAUUUUGUCUAUACGAUCAAACACCACAACAACGACAUAUAAUUGAUUCAUUUCGACCUUAUAUGGAAUCUAAUAGUUUUCAACGAUCAAGAUCAGAAGUGGAUAUAGCGAGUGGUAUUCUUAAAUUUGUUUCUUUGGGAAUGAUACAACAAGAAGGUAAUCCAUAUGUUCGAGAUGAUACAAUGUUUAUUAAAAUCAUGGUUGAUUUUGGUGAUAUACCCACAACUUUAUUAUCAUAUGCAUUAAAUCUAAAUCCUGGACUACCGAUGCAUAUUCAACAAAGUAUGAUUGAAGAAGAACAAAACAAGCGGCUUUUCAACAAAGAAAAUACAUUGUAA